AUGUCAGGCUGUCCCCCUAGCGGACAGUUCAAAGAAGAAUGUGCAGCCUCGAAAUGCACGAGCUUUGCCUGUCGUUUAGCUAUCGAAAUUUCGAUAUUGUUAGAUUCGCGGAAGUGUCCCAACUCAACAUUUGCUGGAAAAUAUCUUUAUUUAUUCCAGGGAAGGUCACUUCAGAAGGUGGAAAAUAAAGAAGUGUCCGUCGAAACCUCAGCUGCCCUCAUGACGUCCGACCGGGGAAACAGCGGGGGAGCUGAGUUACCACAACUGAACACACCGGUCACACCCAAAAGUCCAGGUCCCGGCCUCAACCCCAAUGCCAACGUCUUCCUGAGCAGUAAGUCACCUGCCUCACCAGACUCCACGACGCAAUGGGAAAGUCCGGGAUCAGACACAACCUACCAGGGUCAGCCCAAUGGGGAUGUGAAGCUAGAGCAGCCUUCUGUGGUGGGUGUGGGCAGCGGCAGUGGCAGCACAAGCAGCACAGGCAGCGGGCCCACCUUCCCCACAGCAGACUCGCCCGUCUCAGUCACAGACUACACAGCCACUGCAAAUUUCAAUGACAACCAGAAUGCUCUCACCAAUGACAACGCAUCUGUUGCAUCCACUGAGGAUGGCAACAUGCCGCUUGAGGGUUCCAUCCCAGAAGAUCAGCUCCGACAACUUUUGCAGACUCAGCUUGAGUACUAUUUCUCUAGAGAAAACCUUGUCCACGACACAUACCUACAGUCCCAAAUGGACCCGGAUCAGUAUGUGGCCAUUGCCACUGUGGCAAACUUCAAUCAGGUUCAGAAGCUCACCAACAACCUCCAGCUCAUCGUAGACGUCCUCCGCAGGUCUCCUUCAGUGCAGGUAGAUGAGAAGGGGGAGAAAGUUCGACCAAACCACAGUAGAUGUGUGGUCAUCUUGAGGGAGAUUCCAGAUACCACACCCGUAGAAGAGGUACAGCAGCUCUUCAAAGGAGAAAACUGUCCACCAUUUGUCAGCUGUGAAUUCGCUCACAACAACAGCUGGUAUGUGACGUUUGAAUCUGAUGAGGAUGCUCAACGUGCCUACCAGUUCCUGCGAGAGGAAGUACGCACCUUUCUAGACAGACCUAUCAUGGCAAGGAUAAAAGCCAAGCCAUUGAUACGAUCGACUUUUGUGCCGCGGAAUGGCAUGAAAGUGCCCUUCCAAGGAACUGCAGAGCAGCCGACGUACCCAAUCCCCCAGCCCCAGCAGCAACAGCCACAGCAACAGCAGGCACAACAGCAACCGUACAGAAUGGUGCAGCCUACCUCCGUGCAAUACAUUGGUAAUGGACAGCAGCCUUUUCCUUUCUACCCUCUGAGCCCCACGAUGUUUCAAAUGAACGGUUACCAGGCCACAAGUAUAAAACCCACAGCGUCCACAAACAGACAUAUCUUCCAAAGCAAUGCAAGAACCAACAGCAGAAAUAUGAAAACACAUCGGUCAUCGGUACAGGAACGGAACAACUCGGAUGGCCGAAUGACGAAUGAGCGCCACCCAGUGUCUGCCCCUCGAACGAGUCCCCGUAACCUUGACAGUGCCCAGAUCUCAAGCUUUACACGUCGUGGAGAUAUGGGAGGCAGUUCUCAUAUGGUCAACGCCUCAGUCCAGCCACAUGGAGUGGAUGCCAAUGCAAACCUUACUCAAAAUAAUAAAUCUGACAUGGUCCCUCAAAGAAAAAGUUAUAAAAGAGGAAGAAGGGGUGAAGAGGGUGCUAAGAAUUCUCGGCAAAAUCCUUCCAUGCCUGGUCGAGAUGGGCGCCUUGAGCCCCAGUUUGAGUUAGAGUCUACGUCAUUCCCGCCUUUACCAGGCUCUCUAAACAAUGCUGCAUCUAGUGAAAAUUAUGAAAGCAAGUUGUCUGAUGUUGUAAAGGGCACAGCUCGACUUCAAGUUCGCGAACCUAGUACAACAAAAUCAGUUCAACAGCCACAGUCAACAGCACCUCCAUCCUCCCAGCACACUGCCUCCAGGGUUGCAUCCCCUCCACCACAACCUGUAGCCUCGCCGCCGUCCCCCACUGUUGUUCCACCACCCCCAGCCCCAGUUGUAGCUCCUAUCACACCUGCUGUCAAGGAAGUGCUGGAACCAACAGCAGUCCCGGUUACAACAGCAACAGCAACAGUUGCAGUUACAGCGGAACCUGUUUACCAGCAAAAAUCAAGUAAAGCUGCAAGUACAGCAGAAACCAAACCUGCUCCCGAGCCAACAGUCACCAAACAGGCCUCUGUUGUUGUCUCUAGCCAAUCAAAACCUACAACAUCUAGUGUAUCCGUUCUCUUGCAGGAGGACAAACCCAAUCUGCCUCCAGGAGUGAAACUGAGCUACGCCCAGAUGGUACAGCGGAAACGGGACACAGAUGGCAACGGUGGAGAGAAGACGAAAGAGGACAACAACACCUCCCCUCAACAGUCCCCACCCCCAGUUGCAACUGCAGUCACAAGUGCCAAGAACGGCCAAACAUUGCGCGAGCAAACACAAACUGUUAAAGUGGCCUCGGCAUCUGCCCGACAGCCACAGAUGAAAGAUAAUGUGAGAAAGGACUUUGAGCCCAAGGAGCAGAGGCCACAGCGGAGAGCAAAGGAAAACCGAGAAAGGCGGGAUCGGCGGCGAGACCGCAGUGAGAGGGACAUUAAAGUGGCAGCCAAAUGAUAACAUGCAACACUAGUCUUAAAACUAACUUGGCAAUUGUCAUCAUGGGGAGCUAGCCACUCUGUGGUGUAUAGUGGAAAUAAGUAUUGAUGGAUUUGUGUUUAUGGGAGGGGUUCUUCAUCAUUGAUACUAUCAUCGGCGGUACCAGUGCAAGGAGUUGCAAGUAUUCAUGAUAGCAUUGAUCUUUCAUGGCUUCAAGUUUGUGAUGUUUAUUAGGCAGUGGUUGACUUGUCUCUUGCCCCAGUGGUUGGUGUCAUCCAAGCACUUGCAAGCACUCUGCCAAGUGGUUGCACUUCAGGUGAGAUUGGCAAUACAGCUGACACUGCUGGGUUGAGGAGAAGGAAGCUAGGGCAACCAAGGGCAACCUGGGGCAACCCCUCCCUGGAUGGUGCAUUGGAAACAUGGUGACAGCAACUAAGGAGGAACAGAUAUUAUGCAAAGUAGCCAAAGAUGGUUAUUUACACCAAUAGGUUUCCUGAGUCAAGAUGCAACUGUAUUGAUGUGAUUUGGACAAGUUGGAUUUGAAACCAGGCAAUUGUACAGUAAAUACUGCCUCUUGGAUCCCUUGCAGGUGAUUGCAAGGACCUUGAUUAAUGGACAAAUAGGUUGCCUUGACAACCUGGAUUGAAUUCAAUUCAAGAAUGUGAAGGAGAACAGGUGUUGGGAGUGAUCAACACAAGAUGGAAUGAAAUUCUGGCUUAUCUCAAUUGAAAAUUGAGUGCAAUGGGAAAAGACUUCUAUUUUGGAGAGAAAAAACCAAAUUAUUUACUAAUUUAAGUUUGCAUUUUAUUUCUUUUGUUUUGAUGAACGGUCAGGGUUUGACUGAAUGUUAUGUUUUCACCACAGGAGUGGUGUUCUUUGUUGGACAGAACUUGCCGACGUCUCAAUUCCUCGACACCAUGGGAUGGACCGAAUGAAGCUCUUAAUGGGAUUGUUGGAUAAAUUGCAAUCAGUAAUAGUGUCAGUAGUUGAUAGAGCCUCAGUCUGUUAAUUCUUCUCAUUUGGUUAAUCAUCUACCUUUAAGUUCAUAGGACCAAUCAUUAUGAGCACUUAGGAUUUUCGUUUCGUUUUCACAGCUGUGUUUCGAAGAUUGCCUGUUUUUCUUUUAAAAGUGAGGGUUGCAUUUUGACCUUUGUUGCAAGAGGCAGUGGACCUAGCAGAAACAGUUUUAUAUGUGAUGUGUAGUGUGUUGAAAUGAAAGUUGAGCUGUUGAGGGUGUGUCACUGUGUGUUGGUGUUCAUUUGUGUGUCUGUGCAGGAUGUAAAACCAUACCAAGAAAUUGUCCUAUUCUGCAUUGUGAUAUUCAAGCAUGUUAUCAAUUUUUAAAUAGGCUGCAGAUGAUUAUGCAUUUAUCUGGUCCAACCAUUUAGUUUUAUGCUCCAUAUUGAAUUUUUUUUAGAUGGUUUUGUUAACAUUCAGUCAACUUCAAGCAUAUUGCAAGUACAAAUUUACACAAAGGAUGUUCUUGAAACUGUUAAAUCUCAGUGCUAGUGAAAGUCAAAUGUAUUUUUGACUUCACAUGGAAGUUACACCAAAUGACAUUCAGUUUCUUCUAACCAUCAAUAACCUGUUACUUUGAAUGAACCUGUACAGUUCCUUGAAUUGUGGUUUAUGAAGUGGGUCCCUGUCAAGACACCGUUGUCAUCUCAUGUACAUGUAUCAUGCGUAUCACCAGUGUGUUAGUGUGCCCAUUAGAGUAGUCCUCCGAUUCAUAGACUUCAUAGGGGAAGCUGAUCAUCAUAAACUGUCACUAUCAAUUAAAAAAAAAGACAAAAAAAAAAAAAAACGGAAAAAGGAUGAAAAAAAUAUUUUCCAUUUUUAAUUGUAUCUCUCAUAUGAAAUCCAUCAUAUUUUUAACCACUUUGUGUUGUAGAUACUCCAGAAAAUGUAUUUAAGAGACUCAUCUGUAUGUACACAUUCACAGGUGUCUUGGCAGUAUCACUCUCCAUAAACUUGGUACUAUUUCUCAUGGAGUAAAUUUUUAGUGAUUGAGAAUUUAAACCCAUGACCUAUGUUUAGUACAUCCGACAGCUGCCUGUGGAGUAUAAGGGAAAUGGUGGCCCAGAUGGAUGAAUGGAUGUGUGUGUGUGUGUGUGUGUGUGUGUGUGUGAGUAUUGUCGUAAUAUUUCUGUAUAAAUGGCCAGCUUGUUAAGGUGAUUGGGGAUUACCAUGCUGUAAAGUGCUUGCAUAACAGUUACAUCAGACCACAUCAGUACAGGGUCAUUCUUCCAACUCUUACAAGAUUGAAGAUCAUUGAUUGUGUUGUGGUGAAAAGUUAAUGGAAGAUUUCCCGAAUAAUAUUAACCUUCUUUCCACCAGACUAGCCAUCUAGUGAAAUCAGAUGGAGAUAUUUGAUGGUGAGAGGGUUAAUAUACUUCAAAUGUGUGUCGUUGAUAAUAAUGAAUGGAUUUACAAUCAGUGAUGGGAGCAUGUUUUGUUUUGGGCUUUAUAUCAACAUUGGUUUAGUAUUGUGACUUACAUGUUUUCUGUUGCCUGUUUUGAUUCAUAUUUGAACAGGUUGGUUACCAUGGUUACCACAAAUUCAAAGACACAUCCCAAAGGUGCUAAGAUGAAAGUGCAUGUCGCCAUGUCACAGAUUGAUGGCCGGGCUUCAUCCUUCAAACGUGAUGGCUUGAGAUUUCGUAUUCCAUAACAUUUGUUGAAUCAUUUCAUAAAUUCAGGCGCGCAAGGGAUCUCUUGUGAAUCAUUAUUGUGAUAUAUAUAAAUACAUAUAUUAUAUUAUAUAUAACUAGGUAUUUCUGGAUAUCUGUAUGUCGCUUGUCUCCCUGACUGUGCAUGAGCUUGGUGUGUAUGGUGUACAGAAUGUGGAGCCCCCUACUACUUCCAUACCUUCAUUCAAACUCGGCAGAUUCAGGAAAAGUUAAAAACCUCAAGUUUUGUGCUUUGUGGCUCACAUAUAAAACUUUUCCCUUGUCUGUUCCCAUGGAAACCUGUCCAGUGGCGUCCUCAUAAUCAUGUACAUAAUAUACCGGGAGGGAAAGGUGAAAAUGUGUAUAUGUUCAAGUGUAAAUAUAUAUAAAUAUAUAUAAUGAAGAAACUGUUGAACUGAAUGUAGCUAGUUGAUUGUGAAUGUUUUAGCAUUUAAUAUAGUUGUUGCUACUACUGUUAGUUAUGAGGAUUCUGUUUCCAAUAGCCAAGUGGUAGGCACUGCAUCUCUGGUAGAUUGUGUGUGUGCAGCAAUGCCUGCCACAUUCUCCUACCCAUAGAAACACCACUUAGGCUGGGGAUGACAAACCACAAAUGAGCAAAGCAGGAAUCAUUGUUUACAAUUCAUGCUGAAAAGCUGUUAGCAACUUAACAAUUUUGACUUGAAUCAAGUUUCCAAAGUUCUGUGAAUACUCUGUUUAUGAGGAUUGUGUUUUUGGUAAAUGAACUUGUCAAUCAGGUGGACUCAAUUGCAGAAAAUGUUGAUCCUUCAGCUGUGCAUAGGUAGUGGAAGUAGCUUUGCUGUGAUGUGAGUUUGCACCCAGUCUAGGAGAUGGCCUGUCUCUCGUAAUCAGAUGCCACACUCGCAAGAAACCAAACAUUCAGAGAUUAUUUUCUUUACUUUUGAUAUUCAUACAAUGGUCAGAGAUCAUCACUGAUGCUAGUUUCUGCUAGGUUUUCAAGUAUGUAUGAUUAAUUUAUUAAUUUGAUCAGUGUUAGGCCCUAUGUUUGGUGAGGCCCAGUAAUUCCCCCCAGUAAGUUAAUUGAUUGUACAUACUGGCUUUCUAGUUGUUUGAUCCACAAGGAUUGUACUGUUUGAAUGUUGAUGUUAUUUGAUGAUUAAUGGCUUGUAUGGUUCUGCUUCUGACUGGCUGAACAUGACUACUGACAGGCAUUGUAAUUGGGCACCAGAGUAACGUUUGCUUUUUAAUUUUUUGUUACUUUUUAUUUCUAUUGGUGGGAAGCUGUUAAUGUCGAUUUGCAUGUGCUCAACUAAGUCCUUCCUCUAAAAUACACACAAAAUAAGGAAUAAGUGUAAAAAUUGGUUCGCAUGUUCACGUAAGAUUGACUAUUUUCCUGUGUUUGAUUUCUCCAGUAGGCAGACUGCCAAUAGGGGCCUGUAUUCAGAAGGCUUAUUGUGUACAUAAUGACAUGUAUGGUAAAACUAUAUAUUAUAUACUACAAAUUGAUUUCAGAGAAUUGACUGAGUUCUAAAGAUGCAACACUUAUUCCAGUCAUCACAAUGUGCAUGCACCGUGUGAGGAAACAGGGUGUGGGAGAGGAAUCGGUGUACAACAUUGGAUGUCACAUUGAUACUUUGUCUGUCAUCAAUCAUGGACUUUUUUUUUUGCCUGACUCUGCAAUCAACAGAUUGAAAACUGAAUAUUUUGGGUGUUUAUUAUGAAUGGGUUUAACUUGUUUCUAUCCCUGUUCCUGAACAUUUCCAGCAUUAGGAAAUAAACUUUCUGCCAGAGGGUUCUGAUUCUGCAUGGUAGAAUUUGGAGUCUUGGUGUGCUGGAGUGAUCUUACGAGUGUUGCUAUGGUUAGUUGGUCGGCAGGUGACUCAGAACUCUCUCUUAGCCUAAAGCUUCAAAACAAGCACCAUGUAUUGGACUAGCAUAUUGUGUACAUAAAACAAAGUGUGGCUGUUUCCAUGUAAACCAUUAUCAGUGUUGUGAGGUUGAUGAAUGUGCAUCAGUGCAUCUGCCAUUCAGCCACUUGGUUCAAUUUAGGCUGCACAUAUCGUUGAGAGGGACACCAUUAAUGACUGGACCCAACAUUUAGACCUGCUCAUGCUUUCUCUAAGUUGCCAUACAUUCGAUUCACAUCUCCCAAGGUAUUUCAUUUCAACAUUGUAAAUCAUGCAAGACAAGUGUCUUCAGCGUAUAUGCACCAUUGUCGCUAUUUAUUGCACAUGUUGUGUCAUCUUGUCAUAGAGAGUUGAUCCUGUUGUGUUCUUUAAUAACUGUGCCUCAACUACACCAUUGCAAAAUGAACCUCUUGCCAGGUCCCCACAAGUAUUACCGGUACAUUAAUGUUACAGCACCAUUCAUACUGCGGUCUUGAUUUCAUUUGUGCUUGUUUUGAAGCUUUGAAUCAUACGUUACCUUACUGGACUGCUCAGAUACUAGAAGAGACUGCAGCUACAUCUGACGUUAAACCAUUGAAAUCAUCAUAAAACCAAAGAUGGACGUUUACCUUGUGUGUAUUGGGUGUAGUUUCACAUUGAAAUGUGGUUGGCAUACGAGUAAUUGCUCUGUAUUGCCAGCAGGUUUAUUCUAUUUCGGAUACAAUCUUCUGAACUAUAAUUGGUAAAGGUGGAUGUACUUGUGGUAAUUGUGAUUUUGAAUUGAGUUAAAAUGAGUACUUUCUUAGUUUUAAUCCAGAUACAAAAUGUUCAAUAUGUUAUCCUAAACCAGUGGAAGGGUUGUCUUAUGGUUUGUUAUCAUAAAUUGCAUAAUCUGCACCUACACCAUUGACAAUGAACCUACAGAAACCUGCUUGCUUCCUGUUGAUUACAUCUACUUAAUGUGGGAUUGGUAGAGAUGGAAAACUUUGGGAUUGAUUCAUUUGUGUCACAUUUCACCAAAAGGUUUCUACAGGCUGGAGACUAAUCAAGGGGAGGCAACUGUUCCACUGGUUUGUGAUGGCAAGGAUACUUUAACCCCAGUGGCAUUAAUAACUGUCCCCCUCCUCCUCUCUGCUCUAUCUCUCUAUCUCUCCUGCAGUCUGAUUUGUUAAUUUAUUACCACAUGAUUGGAAUAUAGAGGAAGAAGAAUAAAGCUCUAUCUUUGUCA